AAACUAACAUCAUGUUCAAAUUAAACAACCUGACGCCUGCUGCUGGUCAGAUUAGUGCAGAAAUAGGAUUAGCCUCAAGGCAGAUGGAGCGCAGAGACACUUCUUCACUCCUACUAUUUUACUUCUGUUGCGUUUUUACUAGUUCAAUUCUCUAUUUUUGCACAGGUUUUACCGAACCGCUCUAAAAAACAUAUAUAUUUUAGCGACUGCGAUUUAGAGAGGAAUUGGAUUUGGAUCGGUUAGAUUAAUUUUAAAGGAAGCAGCGGAGGAAUUAUAAAGAGAUGAGGGAUUAAAAGUGUCAUCCAGGCUCUGGGCGGAGACACACAAAUCUCACAGGCCUGAAGGAUAACACCGGCAAACAUUUGUCAUCUCUUUAGGAGACACUCGGGAUGAGCAAACGAUGCGGGAAGGGUGCAGAACUCGUUCACAAUUAAUUUCACAGAAGUCCUUUCACAGGUGAAGCGAUGUGAGCUCUCUGAUUGGCUGAGGUUGAAGUAGAAAAGGCGUGAUGUCGCUGGUGGUGGACGAGACGGCGGGGGACCUUCCGGUGAGGGACGUGGGGCUGAUGAGGGGCGGGCUGAUGCCCACCGUGCCAGACACUCUGCGGGAUGUCAAGCCAUGGAAGAAGCAUCAUUCUGCAAAGAUGAAAGCGGACCCUCAGCGGCUGUUUCGGUUUCCCAGACAUCAUCUGGAGGACCUGUGUCUCCGGCUGCAGGAGGAGAACAGUGUGCUCAGGCAACACACACGGACCCAGGAGCAGAGGCUCCGCAGGAUGUCCACGAAGCUGAUGCGUCUUCGUCAGGCCCGUCCUGGCUCCGGUCCUGUCAAAGAGAGGGACAUGGAGGAUACGAUCCAGGAGCUGGAGGCCCGGGUGGCGGUGCUGGAGAGCCAGAAGGAGGUGCUGCAGAAUAAACUCGGCAUAGCCAAGCAGCACAUCCUGGACCUGGGGGCUCGAACGCCUUACAGGUACAGCAAAGGUAAAAACCUGGACGGAGAGGCUGGAGUCCGGAGGGCGGCACGGACUGCUCCUGCACGAUACGGCCUCACGCUGGAGGAAACCAGAGCAGAAAUGGAAAGAUUCAGGACCGGUAUGACCGAACAGGUGAGGAUGGCAGAACUGGAGGUGACAGCUCAGGCUCUCCGAGAAAGCCUGAGAGACAGGGAGAGAGAGAUGGAGGGGGCGGUCAGAGAGCUGAGGAAGCAGCAGGCCGACAGACACAGGAUCACAAUCAGAGAGAAUGUGGACCUGAUCCGUCUGCAAAAGCAGCUCUCUGAGAAGAGCACAGCCCUGAGGGUCAGCCAGGAGAAGUUUGCUGACCUGCAGGAGGCGUAUGAGAAUCAGCUGGAGGAGAGUCAGAGGGCGCUGAGGGAGAGUCAGGGAGCUCUGCUGGAGAAGGUGGAGGAGCUGACCGAGCAACUGAAGCAGGAGAGACAGAGAGCUCUGACCCAGGAGGGGCAGCUCACCACCAUGACUCUGUCUCUGCAGACCCUGGACAAGCUCCAGGAGAGAAUCUCAGACCUGGAGGGAGAGAGGAAUCUGAUCAAAGACAGCUACGAUACUCUACUGAAGAGCACUUUGACUGCCCAGAACCCCUCUGAGAGCCCUGCCGAGACACGGAGGGAGGAGGAGCAGAAGGAGGAGCGGCUGGUGGAGAACGUCUUCGGACCGGAUCUCCACCACAGACUGGAGGAGAUGCUGCAGGAAGAGAGGGAGGAGAGGAGCAGGCUGGAGCUGGAAAAGGAGAAACUCGGGCAAGAGAAGGAGAUGCUGGUGGAGCAGAGGAAGCAGGAGAAAGAGCUGUCUGUGCUGAUGAGGGAGAAAAAAGAGCAACUGGAGAAAGAGGUCGACCAGUACAGAGAAAAGGUUUCUGCUCUUCAGGACAGGCUGGACUCCGUCACUAAGGGGUUUGACAUGAGCGUUGAGGAGCUCAGCGAAACUCUUUUGCAGAUCAAGGCCUUCAGGAUGCAGCAGGAGAGCAGGGAGGCUCUGGGCUUCCUGGUGCCUGACGGCGGCGUGGACGAUUCGUCCCGUGAGCUGGUCAACAUCCAGGCGUCGCAUGCAGAGACGGUGCUGGAGCUGCAGAAAACCAGAAACCUGCUGCUGCUGGAGCACAAGAUCACCAAAGACCUGCAGGAAGAGUUAAACAUUUUCAACCAGAAGGUGGAGAGAGAGAGAGAGGAGGGCAGGAGGAGGACGAUGGAGAAAGAUAAGCUUCUGUCAAAGAGAGCUCUGCAGAUCAACACGCUACAAGCACAGUUGAAAGAGCUGGCCUACAGCCCCAGGAACUACAAGCGGACCAUCCCGGUGCAGUACACCUGGCCGGCUGGAGAUCAGGAGGUGGUUCAGCCCAUCGAGGACGACCUCUGCUUCUCUCAGCUGAAAUCUGGGGAGUCGCUGUUGGAGAUCCACCUGAAGACGGCCACCUUCACCCCGGCGGGGCUCCGCACCCUGAGCGACCUCCACCCGGGGGCGGGCCAGCACGAGGACAUUGUGACCUUCUGCACCUACUGCCUGCUGGACUUCGAGAUGCACUCCACCCCUCUGGUGUCAGGGAGCCAGCCGAACUACGGCUUCACGUCCCGGUACGCGCUGACGGUCCGGGAUCUGGAUCGGCUGGGAGGUCAGGGGUCGAGAGUGCGGCUGGAGCUCCACCAGACGCUGGGAGGGGUCCGGUUUGUCACCCACGGAAGCGGCAGCAUGUCACUCGUGGGCGCCACGGAAAGGAGGGGAGAACGAAUCUCCGGCAGCGUCAGCAUCGCAGGAAAUGCGGGUGAAAUAAUAGGCGUUGUGGAUUUCUGGGUGCGUCUCUUCCCUCCUGCUGAACCCGUCCACACGGGGACAGAGAUCGGAGCGGAAAGGAGGACAGCGACGCACAGGAGUCCGGGUCAGAUCCCACUGGGCUGGCAAGAUGGCGGCCAAGAGGAGCUCCAUGACUAUGGUGGUGGGAUCCCCAAUGAGCUGGUGGUGGCGCUGGAGCACUGCGUCGGCCUCAACGCCCGCUGGCCGGGGCUCCUGCCGGACGCCUACCUGACGUACCGGCUGUAUGACCUGCCGCCUCACGUCUCUCAGACGGUUCAGUGCGCCGUAGAUCCGGUGUUCAACGACGUCACCAGCUUCCCUCUGGCAGUAACGGCUGACGUUCUGCACUACCUCAGGUCCAGCAGCUUGUGGGUGUACGUGUUUGAUGACAGCGAUGAGCAGAUACCGCCUGCCUACCUGGCCAAGACGCCGAUCCCUCUGAGAGCUCUGGCGACAGGCAGGGAGAUCAGAGGUGAUUAUGUUCUAAGAGAUCCCGCUGGUGGGCCUCGGGGAAUGGUCAGAGUUAUGCUGAAGUGGAAGUAUCCGUUCCAGCCGCCGUUGGACAGCCUCCAGGGUAAAUGGGGCAGGGAGGCGGACGAUCCUCACAGGGCGAUGAAAAGCAGUCAGAGGGAAAAGAGGAGGAGCGAGGAAACGCCACAGAGGCCGACGGCCAAGCAGAGAGUGAAGACUCAGGAUCUGAAGCCCAAAGAUACUAAAGCUGUGCAGAAAGAGGCAAAGACUUGGCCCCAGCCUCCACCUGUCAAACAGAAAAGCUCACAGGAUCUGCGACCAGAGCGAGUCGUGUCUGUGAAACCGCCAACAGCAGACCGUAAGAGAUCCACCAAGAGGUCCACUGAAGCAAGGUCGCCUCACUUGACCCCUGAACCAAGACUGACGACUCCAUCCUACAAAUCUCCGGCUGGGUCUUCCUCCAGACGAUCAGCUGCAGCUCCAUCGAGGGGAAGCUCUGCUACUGAUGCAGGGAUCCAGGAUCUUCCCUCUGUGAGUCAAGUGUCCGAGUCUGAAGAAGAGGAGGAAGAAGAGAGGAGUGCCAGCGAGGACGGUGACGCUCCUGAAUCCACUUCUUCACAGAGCGACAUAAUAAUCAUACCACCACAACGAAAAAUGAGGACGGGAGACAAGCUAAGGGUCGAGAUCCUGUCCCUGACGUUUGAGCCGUCGUCUCGUGUGGCGCUCGACCGCUCCGUGCAGCGCGUUUACGUGGAGUACCGGCUCCUGGGCGUCGCCAUGGAGACGACGGAAACUCCCAUGUCCCUCCGUAAACCUGUGAAAGGGGAGGAGAUCCACUACAACUUCACACGAGUGAUUUAUGUGGACGGCUCCCAGUCGGCUCCACUCAGGCAGUAUCUUUACACAAUGUUGGAGGGGACAGACCCCAACCAGGGCAGGUUAAAGUUCACAGUGGUCAGUGAGCCGAUGGACGACGAAGAGGAGUGUGUGGAUGUUGGACACGCUUUCCUGGACCUACAGGAGCUGCUGCUCACGGGAAACGAUGUGUUCGAACAACAGAUUGACAUUUUGAGUGUGGACAAAGACAGGGAGGUCAUAGGGAGUCUGAAAGUGUCCCUGGAGGCGGCAAAAGCACUGAAUGGGAUAUACCAGGAGUUUCAUCAGAGAGGCAAAAGUAAGACAACAAGCAACGCAGAAGAUGACGAAGAAGAGGAGGAGGAAGAAAAGAAAGAUCAGAUUCAAGUACUUGAUUAUGAAGAUGAAGAUGAUAGUGUCUUCCACUGA